CCAUGGUAAUGGCCAGUGUCAUCCAGAAGAUUAUCCCUCACUACUCCUUUGCAAGAUGGCUGCUCUGCAGCGGCGGGUGAAAGGAAUUUGUUUCCAGCCUUAGGAUGGAAAAACCAAAGGGCACCCGGCGUUAGGACAACCCGGCGUGGUGGAGGAGAGGAGGAGCAGGAAGAAAAAGAAGGAAAAAAAAAAAUCUUCAUUUUCUCUCAUUAGCACCAUAUGUGUUCUGCAGUAAACAGCUUUUCAGAACACAAUUAAUAAUUAAUCAGCAGUUGUUUUGGGGCCUAAAAGUGUUUUCAGAGAAGUCUGGCACAAGCAGAGAGACACAAGCAACACCCCAGAGAUUUGCUUAAUUAAAAGUUAAUAAAUAAAGAAACAUGAAAAACAAAACCGGCCUGGUCCCUUAAACGUCAGCAAGCUGCACUACAUUUGAGUUUGACAAGUGGUUCUUUCCUCCUCCUCCUCCCCCUGGAAAAUGAAGGCAGCUCUGUGAAUAUUUGGCCUUCAAAGCAAGUUGUGAAAGAUUUUUAAGUCCAUCCCUUAAGGAGGAUAACCAUCUCUUUGAAAUUUGCCUUUCGGCUCACUUUGAAAUUGGCAGAAUUUUAAAUAUUUUCACAUACGGGUCAGUGUGUGUGUGUGUGUGACUUGUGUUUGUUUUUAUUCACGGUGAAAAUGAAAACCUAAAGCCCAAGUGGGCACACAUGAGCAUUUAUUACCUGCUAAGUAGUGAAAGAGGAAAUUAGGGGGGGAACGAUAUUUCUGAAAGCGAUCUCUUUUGAAAUGGCACUUUUUAAAAUUCACUUGCGUGUGAACUGCCUGCCGUGUUUCUUCUUUGUGUUCGCUUCCACUGCUUUUGAGACGUCCCCUCGUCGUUUCGCCCCGCUUCAGAUUAACACGAAUGGGGGGGGGGGGUCGCGCACGUGUCUGUUUAUCACAGUCGGCCAAUCAGUGGCUAUCCUGCGUUUUCUCAACCAAUUCCUUCUGUUACGAACCCAGAGAUGAUCGCAAUUCCCUCACCUGCAUCUUAUUACAGGUCAUGAAAAACUGCACUCUUUUGAGCUUGCAUGUCACAAAAGGAAAUUUCCCCCAGUCCGAAGUCCUGCGUAUGUUCUAUUUUAUUGAUGCGAUAUUCCAGCAGCAUUUCCAGUCUCCGGGACAGAGAACGUAGACUCCCUGUUAGCGUUCGCUGCACUUUUGCUAUUAAAAGAUAGCCCAGAGUCAGUGAGAGUUAGAGUCAGCAUGGCGUCUCUUUGUCUUAUCUUCACCCUUCUUGGCAGUGUAAUCUCAAAGCCCAUCCGCAAGCCCUCCCCCUCUGCUUUCGAGAGCCCUCAAACCUGUAGUUUCACGACGGUGACCUCUGCCUCCUCUCCCCUCAGUCUCAAGUGGUACCAGCAUCCCACGGAAGGUGAGCUGAGGAGCCUUGCCGGAAAGCAGCAGAAAGGAAAGAACAAAAAAGACAGGAAAUACAAUGGGCACAUCGAGAACAAGCCAUUGACCAUUCCUAAGGAUAUUGAUCUGCAGCUGGAGACCAAGUCAGUCACUGAAGUGGACACACUGGCCUUGCAUUAUUUCCCCGAGUACCAGUGGCUGGUGGACUUCACGGUUGCAGCCACUGUCGUGUACCUGAUAACGGAGCUGUACUACAGCCUGGCGGAACCCGCUGGCGAGAUGAACAUCAGCGUUGUGUGGUGCCUGCUGGUGUUGGCCUUUGUCAUGAAGAUCCUCUUCUCUCUGACCACUCACUACUUCAGGGUGGAAGAAGGUGGGGAACGAUCCCUCUGCGUCACCUUCGCCUUCUUUUUCUUUGUCAAAGCCAUGGCCAUUCUGAUUGUGACCGAGAAUUACCUCGAGUUUGGCCUUGAAACAGGGUUUACAAAUUUCUCAGAAAGUGCAGUGCAGUUUCUCGAAAACCAGGGCCUGGAGUCACAGGGCCCCAUUUCUAGGCUGACAUUCAAGCUGAUCCUGGCCCUGCUGUGCUCCCUCAUCGGAGCUUUCCUCACUUUCCCUGGGCUGCGCCUCGCCCAGAUGCACCUGGAUGCCCUGAACCUGACCACCGCCAGAGUCACACAGACUUUGCUUCACAUCAACUUUCUGGCUCCUCUUAUUAUGGUACUCUUGUGGGUGAAACCGAUAACGAAGGACUACAUCAUGAACCCCACCCUGAGUAAAGAAAGCGUGCCUCUGAUGACCGAGGACACUUACGACACGCUGCGCCUCUGGGCCAUCCUGCUGCUGUGCGCACUCCGGUUGGCCAUGAUGCGCCACCACCUUCAGGCUUACCUCAACCUGGCUCAAAAGGGGGUGGAGCAGAUGAAGAAGGAGGCGGGGCGCAUCAGCACUGUGGACCUGCAGAAGAUGGUCGCUCGUGUUUUCUACUACCUUUGCGUGAUCGCGCUGCAGUAUGUCGCUCCGCUCGUCAUGUUGCUGCACACAACUUUGCUCCUUAAGACAUUAGGUGGUCACUCAUGGGGUGUGUUCUCAGACCCCGAGCAGCCCUGCCCUUUUGCUGCAAACGCCAACCCUGCUGCGAGUGUCACCGUCGCACCCGAGCCCACCGCCCCCGUGGGGUUGACGAAGACAUCAGUGAGCCAGCUGUCCGUGGCCUUGGGGGGACUCCGCACUGUCUUCAGCCCUCUUCUCUUCCGUGGUCUGCUCUCCUUUCUCACCUGGUGGAUCGCCGCCUGCCUCUUCUCCACCUCCCUCUUCGGCCUCUUCUACCACCAGUACCUCAUGGCGGCGUAGAGCCUCGGCCAACCCGGGCCGACGUGGGCCAGCCCAGCGAGGGCGGGGUGUCCUUACACACCCUGUGCCUUCACUUGCAGAACUCCUGCGUUCGGAAUCCGUUCUCAGCACGGGUCACAUGAAUCUUAAGAGGUGUUUUUUUUUUUUUCUCUUCCCCCCCAUAAAAGUGCGCGUGUGUUUUAAAUUACUGCAUACACGCCAACAGUCUUACCUACAUCUAUGUGAAUGGUCUUACAGCCAUCCUUUGGUGACAAGGGGAUGACAAAACUCACUUCGAUUUGGAUCGUUUAAAUGAAUGGACGGACGGAUGGAAAGAACUUUUGGUUUUAUCGCCAUGGCGACACAGGCAAAGACAACAAACGCGAACUACAACUGCUGUUGUGUGGAGUUCAGACAAUUAUAAACUGUUAGGGUUUGUUAAUAGCUUUUUAAUGAACAAAUGUCAAUAGAAUGCAAAGAGAACUCUAAUAUAAUGUGUUUUACUGAGAUUUUUCAUCUUCUGAAGUAGUAGCUGAGCCAUAUUUAUAGAAAGUAUAAAUGUCACGGGACGCCGAGAGGGUCGUCCAGCGCAGCUUGUUGGCGGAGGCAUUUCCAGCUGGAGUGGAGAUGGAUGCUGCUGUAUAUUACAGUGAAAAGAAGUGGCCGAUGGGGCUCGCGCCCGACGGAGCCGUGUGGCAGGAGUUCGGAGACAGGGCACGUGUGUAUCGGUGUGUGUCGCGGUGCUUCUGCUCUGUGUUCCUCCUGCGCCACAGUGAACGGGACAAACGUUUCAGAGUGAAGCUAAUGGGAGACAGCCAGUGUGUUGCUGUAAUCUAGGGAGCUUUGCAUCUUCCUCAUGAAUGUUUUAGCAUUUCAUAGAGCCAAUGAGGUGCCGAGUGUCCCUUGUUCUCCUAUAUGUUAGGAUUGUCAUUAUUAUGGAACUGAAUCUUUGGCCGUCUUCAACGAAUCGUUUUCAUUGUUGUUUUACAUUUAAAAUUUUCAUGUUUCAAGUAAUCCUCCUUGAAAUGAUGGAUCACAAUAAAACAAAAUUAUUGAGA